AUGCUCAAGGUGUCCUUGGAGGUGCUGGCGGCCACGUGUGGUUGGCGCAUGGCCGGGGACAAGCUCGAGGAAACCAGUGAGGCACUGAGGAACGCGCAAGAUGCCAGGGCGGGACUGGAACAGAAGGUCAAGGAAUUAGCGGCCGAUAGGGUGCAAAUGAAGAGGAAGUAUCUCGUUGAGGGAAACAAGGCCCAAAAUUUGGCGCCGCGGUGGAUCGGUGAUGAUAAGCCACGUCUGACCGAUUUCGGGAACAAGUACGACGACCUGCCCGACAACAUGGAGUAGCUGGAUGCCGUGAUCGAAGACCUGACGGAAGACCCGAGUGGCUCUGUCCACAACCCGCAACUCAA